UUCAUUAUAUUGAGUACCGUGCAGAACAUAUCGUGUUUUUGUUAUAAAAGAAUAGUAAAAAUGCCAUUUAUAUUAAUUUGUGGAACUCCUGUGAGUGGAAAAACGAUCCGUGCAAUAGAAUUAAAGGAAUUUUUCGAGAAUAAACAUAAUAAAAAGGUGGAAAUAGUAAAUGAAGACGAAGCCAUUAUUAAAUUAGGUUAUGACAAAAACUCAACAUAUUUGGACUCACAGAAGGAGAAACGAGUGAGAGGGUACCUCAAAUCUGAGGUAUUGCGGCUUAUCGGGAAAGAUAAUGUUGUUAUACUCGAUGGCAGUAACUAUAUUAAAGGUUUUCGAUAUGAAUUGUACUGUGCAUCAAAAGCUUCAAAAUCAACACAAUGUACAGUAUACACUAUACGAGAUUAUGAAGAGGCUUGGGAGGCCAACAAGCUGAGAUGUGAGGAUGUCAAAGAGGAGGAAAGUUGUGAAAGAAUUCAACCUGUGCCUUAUACUCAAGAAGUGUUUGAUGCAUUAACUAAAUUAAGAUUUGAGGAGCCAAAUUCAAACAACAGAUGGGACAGUCCACUGUUCACGGUACAACCCUCAGACCAAUUGGAUUUGGAAGAUAUAUACAAAGCUCUGUUCGAGAAGAAACCCCCACCUCCAAACCAGAGCACACAAAAUCCUCCAUUAACAUCAACAAAUUUCCUCUAUGAACUGGACAAAGUAACUCAGGCGAUAUCCAAACAGAUCCUGGAAGCCAAACAGUUAAACAUAGAUGGUGAAGUGAAGUUCCCAGAUUACCCUGGCUGUGUGCUCGACCCUGGCUUCACCCACAAUGUGAACCCACAGAAACUUCUGCGAUGGAGACGGCAGUUCCUCACAUACGCUAAAAUGAAUCAUUCUAAUGAAGAUAUAAACAAAAUCGGCAGGUAUUACAUACAGUACUUGAAUAAAACUAUGACUGAUUGAUACAA